AUGUUGGAUUCGGACCCUCUGCAUGCCGGGCGAAAGGCGCCUUCCCCGCAGCUUGGCUCGGCAAAUCAAGCUCGAGUAGAUAUUCUUGGAAAAGGAAUUGAGAACAACUUCUCAUUCAGUGAUGUAGUAGAUGGCCUGUCAACAGACAUCUCCGAACAGGAUCUCGACUCGCUGUUAAGUGUGUACUUCAAAUUAUCACACCUAUCUCAGAAGCAGUCCAUUCUCUCUGAGGAGGAGGAAGAUUCAGCACGCCGGCUUCUUGAGCUCCUGGCGAAGAAAAUCACCAAUGAGGAUGACGCAGGGAGCAAAGACUUGGCCCAGAUAAACGAGGCCACUCUAGCCUGCCUGUAUAUCUUGACGAGCAGUUGGAAAAUUCCCCUCUCAGUGGACUCCCUCAUCCAGAUCGCGGCAUUCACAAAUCCAAGCGAUCCCUGGGUAACAGACGAGGCAUCUUCCUUUGCAACAGCCAUCCUCUCACCAGAAUACGUAGCUUCAUCAAAUGCCGCCGACGUAUCCACCUUCAUCACCCGGUCUAUCCUGCAAGACUACCUCCGCCCCAUCUUCUCCAAAGCAACGACCCGAGUCACCUCCUCCGGAAGACCAACCCAGUUCCCGGACCCCGAUCCAAGCCCCCAUCGUCAGGGCGUCGAGCCACCCGCCUGGAAAAAGCAUGGCUUCAGGAUAAUCCCCAUCUUUCGUUGGGCCGAAGAACUAGUCGCUAACAACUGGUUUCUCUUCGCGCCCGUCCUCCUAGCCCUCGUCGAGGAUGCAGACUCGUCAACGAGGCAGGCAGGCCUGGAGAUACUCGCCAACUUCAUCCGCAACUGUCCUCUCAAGAUCCUCCAGUCAACAGGCAUCGGCACGGUCUUCCAGGAAGCCAUCUUCCCGUCGCUCCUCUACCUCCCCAGCCUAACGCCCGAGGAAGAGUCAGUCCCGCUCAUCAACGCCGCGUACCAGGCGCUCCUGGCACUAGCACAGCAAGAAACAGACCCUCGCAGCCCGUCAAGGCGCAAGUUGCUGGAUAAGGUGUUUAGGGAUGGCAUCUUCACGGCCUAUUUCCAUGCUUCGGAAUACAUUUCAGUCGUGGAGACGCUGAUGAAGAACACGGCCGCCAUCCUCGAUUGUUUGGAAGUGUACUCCGUCAAACACCUCCAGAAUCUGCUCCCCAUGUUCUCUUCAGUGUUAACAGACCCCUUCAUUAUAUCCCGCCCGACCGCGCUCCUCGAAGCGGUCAAGACCCUCAACGCCUGCCUCCGGAACUGCUGGCCAAGAAUAUCGUCCGAACCCAAGUACACAGCUGAGGUGAUACGCAUCAUAUCUAUAUGCUGGCUGAACCUGUACGACGGCGAGUUAGCAUCUCGCCCAUCGAGCCGGGACCUGACUCUACUUACGGAUGAGCUGCGACGAAGCGCCGAUAUAAUGCACGCAUUGAGUAAGACUGAGAAUUCGUCUCAGAUAUCAACCGACCUGGUGCCCAUCCUGCAAAAGGAGCCCAGACUAUCCAAGCUCUUCUCCUGGGUACCGAACGGUCCCUAG